UGAAUUUUGUUCUAAGUUACUGUCCACCAGCGACGCUCUUUGGAGGGAAAUUAUCAAACAUCUUCUUUGCAUUAUUUCAAUUUGAACUCUGAUAUAUCAACGCCCCCCGCUUUUGCUUUCCUCUUUCUGCUUCCUCGUUAGACAGAGAAAUUGAAGGAUUUAGGGUUAUAUUCAGUGGUUAUUAAUCAAUGGAAGGCAGUGAAAGCGAGGCAGUAUUCGAAUCUCUGAAUCUAAAACCCCGAGUUGUCGUCAACGAAAUCCUUAACACUGUCGAGAAUUUGUUUGAUGACGCUUUCGAUUUCUAUCAUCAAGAAGCUUCGACUCUUUUGAACGCCGGGGACACUGAUAGAUCUCAACAUUUAAGCCAGGGCAUUGAUCAUAUUCGCAAUGUAAUACAAUCAAAGGUGGGAAGAAGACUGGGUAUGUGGCAGGAAUACUGUCUUCGCCACUGUUUUGCCCUUCCUCAAGGUUUCUCUUUACCAAAAAGUGAAUCAUUGGAUGAAAUUAUGACAUGCCCUGAUGUGCUCUGUGAUUUGGAUCUGGACACACAAUUGGAUUCCUUGAGAGACAGACUUACUUCAAUUGUGAAGGAAUCCUCUGACAUGAAUCGGGAGAUUCAAGCACUAGAAAGACAGUCUGCUUCCAAUGAUAGUUGUGCUGCACUGCUCAAUGAAGCAUUUCAGCUGUAUGAGCAAAACUCUGCACAUGACAUGCUUGAAGAGAUGGUGAGAACUGCAUCUGAACUUCGUACGAAGAUAGAGAAUCUGAGGACCAGGAGGAUUGAAGAUGCAGACCACCUUAGAACCAAAAGGUUUUGUGAUCCAAACAGAGAUUUGUUGACAUCAACUCAUGGCCUCUCCAGUGCAAAGUUGGAAGAUCUUCAAGAGUUUCUUGGUGAUUUAAAGAAAAUAUGAGCUUUCACAUGUUGGCCAGACUUGCUGUGGGGUAUGAGAUUAUGGGUAUGUUUUCUCCUGUGCUAUCUACUACUUCAGUAGAUAUUUGGCAUGAAAAUUGUGGGCAUUUAAUUAUCUUUGGUAGAGAAUAUUUCUUAUGAUUUGAACUGGUUCCUGUGUUGUCUUUGAAUGGAAAUGAACAGUGGAAAUGUUAUGCAGACA